UUUUCUCAUCAAUUCAAGCUACCUAUAAAAGACAUAUAUGUAGAUGUAGAUGUAGAUGUAGAUGUAGAUGUAAACGUAAAAUGUUACACCUCUCUAUAUAUAGACAUCUUUUGACUUCACAUACAUAAAAUCCAAUCCACUGAUCCACACAUCACCAUAAUCGGACUCCAUUUUCGGGUUCUCCGAGUUUUGUCCGAUUCUGUUAACUUUCUUGGGCGUGCUUGUCCUUUUUUGCUUCAAUUUCAAUCCAUACUCGAUUCAUGAGAUCAUUACUUUAAUACCCAUCAUUGAAAUCAAUCUUGAUCACUUACCAUGUGAUGGGGAAAUCGAUUUGGAGUUGUAUAAACAAGGUUGAUUCAAAAAAACCAAAUUGUGUUUUUUGCAAUUGAAGUAGAGUGCUUGGGUUUCAGUGGUUUCCUUCAAAAUCAGGUUGAGAAACUGCCAAAAGAGAUGGAAUCCAAACAACGUACACCGAGUGUUAUCGCGAGAUUGAUGGGUCUCGAUGAAUGGCGGCCCCAGCAACCUGUCUGCAAACCUCAUCGAGUGCUUUCUGAAAGUUAUCUUCGGAAAAGUGCUUCCAUCGGUUUAGUAGAGAAGCGAUCAUACCAUGAAAGACAUUCAUUUAAGGUCAAUUAUGAAAAAGGGAAAGAAUUUAGCAAUGUCUUGGAAUUCACCAAUCAUCACCAUGAUCUGCAAUUUGCCCAACAACAUUCCCAGUCGGGUCAUGAAACAGUCUUGAAGACUUCUAGUUCUCCUUAUAGUGGGAAAAGUGAAAUUCCCAGGAAAUCAGAAAGGAAAACAGCACGGCGGAAUAUUUUGAGAUCGAUUCAAAAACUUGAGAAUGGUUUUGUUACAGAUUCCUAUGUUGACUUUGGUGUUGAUUAUACCCGUCAGUUGUUAAAGGAUGAGACACGUCUUUCCCCUUCAAGAAUUGUUGUUCUAAAACCAAAUAUUGGAAAGGCACAGAAUGCUUCAAGGCCUUCAUUUUCACCUAUUUGUGAGGAAGUUUCUCAGCAAAGUGAUAGAAAAUCUGUGGAGUUUUCUAAACUUAAAAACAUCGAAUUACAUAAUCGAGUAGUACAAAGGAAAAACUUGGCCGAAUUGAGAGGUAAUGAGACCUCCACAAAUGAAUCUAAGAUAACGAUGCCGCCUUGCCCAAAGUUAUUUGAUUGGAAGAAGCGAUGCCAAACCACUCAUCCUCCUUUGAAUAGGUUAUCUUUUGCCAAACAAGCCAAGCAGCGACUCUUGGAAAGGUGGAAAAUGACCAGAAGUCUUCAAGAAGUUGGAGUGGCUAGUAGGGGCACCACCCUCGGUGAAAUGCUUUCUAUGCCUGACAAAGAAACCAAGCCCAUAGAUUUAAACUACAAGCUUGAUGCAUGUGGAUUGAACAAUCAGUUGGUUCUGAAUGAUGGAGAUUCAGACUUGGGAAGUCCUUUCAGUAUUAGCAGCAGGGAUGGUUGGAAGGAGGAGUGUGCCAAAAGCUUAACUAGAUCGGAAUCUCUUCCUGCUGCUUGUAUCACCAUUGAAAUUCCUAAAUCUAGGAUCAGAAAUGAGGCUGUCCAUGAUGACAGUUCAGAAGUCGGAGUCUCAAGAUUUAGCAAUGAGAGUGUUCUUUGUUUGGAUUUAGAAUAUGAUCAAGUACAAGGAACCAUGGCAAUUCAGGAUGAGCUGAAAAACAGUUGUGGCGAGAAUGAUCUUUCUGGAAAAUCUGAAGAGAAAUAUGUAUUUGCUCACUCACCAAUUGGUACUGUUACUUACUCGAGUCUGGAUUCAGAAGUAGUGGCAGUUGCAGAAACUGAGAACGUGGGAAUGUCAUCUGGAACUGCCGAGGAGCAGCAAUCUGAACCAGCGGCCUGUAUUUUGUUCUUGAAACAUUCCUCUCAUGCCUUGGAUUCUUCUGUUGGACAGGAUUCAUCAGUUAGAUCCCUUGAAGAAUCAUGGGUUCCCUCAAGCUGCCCCAGAGUUGACUCAGAAUUUCCCGUGAGCUUUGGGGAAGGUUACUCUGAUAGUCCAAAUUCAGUUCUGGAACCACCUUUCGGUGAAGAAAAUUUAUCUGCCUCCAAUUGCUUUCAAGACAUUGGUGCUGACCUCCGUGGUUUACGGAUGCAACUUCAACUUUUGAAGUCAGAGGCGGAAGAAACUAAUUCAGAAGGACUCGGAAUGGUGGUGUCUAGUGAUGAAGACAGUGGUGAUGGAUCUGUUGAUCUUUCGGAAGAAAACAGAAAAUUACAGGGGUUGUUUGGAGCUCAAGAGAGUAGGGAUUUCUCUUACGUAGUUGAUGUUUUGGACGAGGCAGGCUUUUACAGUGGUAACCCACAAUUGGACUUCGAAACAUGGCACUCUCAAGAUUGCCCAGUAAACUUGUCGGUGUUUGAGACGCUAGAAAAGAAAUACGGUGAACAAACAUAUUGGGAGAAGGCGGAAAGGAGACUUCUGUUUGACCGUACAAACCUAGGGUUGAAGGAGAUUUUGCAACAGUGCAGAGAUGUCCUGACAUGGACAAAACCGCUGAGAAAAAUGUUUAACCUCUCACAGAGCCGUGAGGUGAUCGAGGAAGAGCUGUGGAUGUUUCUGGUUAGUCAAGAAAAGGAAGUGAGCAAGGACUUGUCAGAAAAGGCGCUGGGAACGGAAAUUAGGUGGUUUAAUGUGCGGGAUGAUAUUGAUUUAAUUGUUUGUGAAAUAGAGAGAUUUUUGUUUGAUGAGUUAGUAGCAGAGUUAGUGAGCAUUGAGAGUUUUUAGUCAAGGUGUUUUUGGUUCUUGGAGAUUAUGUGAUGUUAAUAGGGUAAUGGUUUUGGCAAUAUGUAUUCAAUGUAUGCAUAGCUACAGUUUUGGUAGGGUUGAAAAGGAAAUGUAAAGAUAAAGACUGAUUUUUUGUGAAAUAAAAAUGGAUUGGGAUAUUGGUUUA